AUGAUUUUUACAAAUCGACGAACAGUAAGAGCUCAAAAUUGGAGUGAUGGAUACUUUUUAGAUAUUUUACAUGAACCAAGUAAAGUAACGCACACCGUCCUUGGAGAACAAUUAGGUUGUGAAUUAAUACCUUACGAAGUGAUGGAAAGAUGGGUAGUUUUUGGUUAUUUAUUGAUAUAUCCUGAAUUAACUGAUGAAGAAUCAUUUAAUCGACUGAAAGUAGCUCUACGUCAUUCAUAUGUUGUUGUAUUGUUCAGAGAAGAGGUAAUUUAUAUUCAUUCUCUUCUACAAUCAUUUCUUGAAUCUUCAUGGGUUAAUAAAGUAGGCGCUAAGCGUAUAAAUGAAAUUAAAGAGACAUUUUCAAUUGCAUGUUCACAAACUCCUAAAAUGCAUGCUGAUAGACGAGCUUAUUUACGAUUAUCUUUGCGUCAACUUCAUCUUAUUUUGUCUGAUGAACCUGAUAUUAAUUGGGGUCCUAAGCCGUUUUUGCACCAAUUAAGAUUUACCAUUGUAUUUCCAAGUAUUUGUUCACAAGCUGUACAAUCUUGUCAUGAUUUAUGCCCGGAAGAACGUUCACAUAUUGGUCGUAAUGCUGUGAAUAUGUGUCGUCAUUUUUUGUCAAGAAAUUUGCUGAUAAACAUCUGUCUUUAUUUAUUUAAUCGUAUUGAUGAAUUUGGUUAA